GAGGGCAGGCUCUAAACAUUCCUUUGCCAUGGGCCACUUUCCACUCGGAAAAGUUUGUGCUGUUGCAUUUUCCCCUCUCCUGGCUUUGCACAGUUUCACUUGGGAUUGAGCAGUUUUCUUCAAGAUGGCAAACCCACAUCUCUAUCUGAGGUUAAUGUGGUUGGCUCUGCUCUUCACGAUGCUGGCUUUUCAAGGUGUAUCCAGUGACCAGUCAACAUUGCACAAGAUCUUGAAAAGAAGUGACAGUAAGAACAACAGUCGCUCUCUGGCCUCACAGCCUGUGGUGGUGGCUCAGUCCAAGGCUCAGGAGUUCCUGUCCAAGCUGCGGCGCCCCAAGAGGCAGGUGUGGGACCGCAGCCGACCGGACGUGCAGCAGUGGAUUCAGCAGUUCAUGUACAUGGGCUUUGAUGAGCAGAGGCUAGAGGCAGACCUGUCCUAUUGGAUGGACCAGGCUCGGUCACAUGACCAGGGCCGACAGCACCAUUAUGACGAGAACUCCCCUGUGGGCCCUCGUGACCACACCUCCUACAGACACGGGGCCAACGUCAACUAUGACUACUAUUGA